AUGGCGAUUUUUCCCAAUCCAGAGAAUGCAAUAAAGCGUGCCGAUGAACUUGUCAAUAUUGGGCAGAAACAAGAGGCUCUCCAGAUGCUUCACGAUCUCGUUACCUCGAGGAGCUUUAGAUCUUGGCAGAAACCACAUGAAAAGAUUAUGUUUAGAUAUAUGGAACUUUGUGUUGAAUUGAGGAGGGGACUGUUUGCUAAAGAUGGACUGAUCCAAUACCGUAACUCUUGUCAGCAAGUCAAUGUCAGUUCCUUUGAAGAAGUAACCAAACACUUCCUAUGGCUUGUUACCGAGAAAGCUCGUAGUCAGGCGGAUGCUCUGGAGGAGGAGGAAGAGGCAUUUGAUGUUGAUGAGCUUGAAACAGAUAGGUCUUAUCUUGAGGUGGUUACACCGUGGCUUAAGUUUUCGUGGGAGGCUUACAGAACAGUUCUUGAGAUAUCGCGGAACAACUCAAAGUUGGAAGCAUUGUAUGCGAUGACAGCGCAUAAAGCCUUCGAGUUCUGUAAGCAGUAUAAAAGAACAACAGAAUUUCGUAGGCUUUGCGAAGUUAUCAGAAAUCAUUUGGCAAACCUUAACAAAUACGGAGACCAGAGGGACCAACCUGAUUUGACGGUGCCAGAAAGCUUGGAACUUUACCUGAACACAAGAUUUGAGCAGUUAAAUGUUGCUACUGAGCUUGGACUUUGGCAGAAGGAUUUGCAGCUAAUAGCGUCAUCUGUUGUCUUGGCGGCCUUAUCUGUUCCACCGUUUGGUCAGACGUCUCACAGUGCAUCCCAUUCGGAACUUGAAAAUGAGAAAGACCACAAUUUGAAGAUGGCUAACCUCAUAGACUUCAAUCUUGAACCUAAAUUAGAGGGCAGAGAUAUGCUUUCCCGCGCAUCACUUCUCUCAGAGCUGGUUUUGAGCUGUGCAACUCAAGAGGUCAAAGAUCUAUACCAUCUCUUAGAGCAUGAAUUUCAACCACUUGAUCUUGGUUCCAAGGUUAAGCCUUUGUUGGAUAGAAUUUCCAAACUCGGUGCGAAGCUUUCAUCAGCUCCUUCUUUACCAGAAGUACAGCUCUCUCAAUAUGUUCCUUCUUUGGAGAAGCUUGCUACUCUGAAGCUGCUUCAACAGAAUGUAUUUCAGAUGUCGAAGAUGUAUCAAACGAUAAGAAUUACGUAUCUAGCUCAGAUGAUCCCAUUCUUCGACUUCUCAGUUGUCGAGAAGAUUUCAGUUGACGCUGUGAAAAACAAUUUUGUGGCCAUGAAAGUUGAUCAUGUGAAGGGUGUUGUAGUUUUUGGAAAUCUGGUGUUGGAUCAGGGGAUUGAGCUUGAUUGUCUGAGAAAUCCUCUGGCUAUUUUUGGUGAGACUAUGAGCAAAGUAAGAGCGAUGUUAUUUCCUGCUCUAAGUAAAGCAUCAAAACUUGGUGACAUAGUACCAAAUCUAGAGGAGUCUGUAGAAACAGAGCACAAAAGACUACUCGCUCGGAAAUCAAUCAUUGAAAAGAGAAAGGAGGAACAAGAGCGUCUGCAAUUUGAGAUGGAACGUGAAGAGGAGCAGAUAAAUCUUAAGCUUCUGUAG